AUAAACCCUAAGAAAUAUAAUUUUUAGUAACAGUUCGUGUACUACAGAAUAACUGUAUACGACUUCAAUAAUAUUAUGGCUGGCUUAAAGAUUUUUAUCACAGUAUUUUUGACAUUGGUUGCUAAGGAUAGUGUAUUUUCAUGUUCUUUGCGAAGUCAUAAACAUGGUUCAUCUCACCCGUGUUUGUCGUCAACGUCUGAUUCAACUUCUACACUACAUCUCACACCGGUUUUGAAGCCGCAAACAAUAUCUCCUCCUUGUGAUUCUUCGGCCAACCCGAGUUCUUGUUCAUCGAGUGUUCAUGCACCAGCCAUAUCUUCUACACCAACCCUUUCUCCAGAUUUAUCAGGAUCAACGCCAUUAAUAUCACCCACACCAUUGGCACUUACUAAUAACACGGACCUUUUAAAUUCUAUAAUUCAAAUUUUGUCGUCUCCAGCAUACAGUUUACAGGCAGGUAAAGCACCAACUUUUGAUAAAUCAACUUUACCCUCUCCAUCUACAUCAAAUGCAGCACAAUUGCCCGCGUCUGGUUCAAAGCCACUUACAACAUCUUUACCAUGUGCGUCAGGCUCCUCCUCAAGCUCUUCAAGUAUUUUACCUAACCCGUCGUGUGAUACUGUCCAGUCUAUUACCGUUCCGAUUCCAAAGUCGCCAUAUGAAAUUGAUACUGCAACUAAUACUGACAUCAUAAAUUUUUUGCUCAAUAAGUCGUCUUUAGUUUCACCGCAUUCAUCUUUAUCUGAUUCUAAGCCGACGCCUUUGUUACCACCAUGUAUUUUGUUUAAGCCAACUUUGAACAAAAACGUGGUUCCAGGUACAAAACCGUGUUCUAUAUCACACCCUGCCGUGCCAUCAUUGAGUGUAUUACCAGGUGUGCCACGUGAUUCAACCCCUCCACCUAAUCAUCCAGUUCAUGAAGUACUUCCGUUACCAGUUUCUGAGAAGCCCCCAGCAUCAUUUUUAGAACAUGGAUCAGAAACGGCACCUGAAGAAUUUCCAGCUGAAAGUAAUUUACCAGUUUCACUACCAGAAGUAACCCCAACUUCUACUCCAUCUUUAUUUUCUGGUUAUAACCCAACUUUUAUAAAUCUUUUAUUGACACUAUUACUGUCCAAUAAAGCACAAAUGGGUUCUUCUCCUUUAAUACCAACUAAAACUUAUGACGUACACAUGCCAAACGUAACUUCUGUUCCUGCUCCGGAUAAAAAACUACAUACUAUUUCACCUGCUUGUUCAUCAUCAUCAUCUGAGUCAACAAAAAGUUCUUGUUUACCGAAUGUAUUAAAUAAUCAGUCAAAUGGUACGAUUUCUCCUCUUCAACAAAUACUGACAUCUUUGACACCUACACCUGCGUCAGGUAUAUCUUCGGGCUUUAAUCCAGAAUUUAUAAAACUAGUUAUUAAAAAUUUGUUAUCUAAUCGAACUUCUACUUCAAUUCCAUUUUCGUCGUUAGUUCCACUUCUUCGGGCUAAAUUAAAUACCACUUCAAUCGUUUCUUCUACCUCUAAUCCAAUACUAACGUCUACUGUUAAUAGACCACUAUCAGAGUUAAAUUCUAAUGUAUCAUCAAAUAAUACAUUCGAUUCAGCUCCUGCCUCCGACAACAAUCAAAAUAUAUUAAUAAGUAAAAAUCAGGAACUCAACAAUAUUUUAAUCAAGCUUUUUACCUCUUACAAUGCUUCAAAAACGUCCAUUAUUCCAUGUUCACCAUCAUCAACCUCAUAUUCCAGUUCUACAUUAAAUACUACUCAAAUAUCAUCUGUUCCUUGUAUACCACCAAUCACCUCAUUGCCAGGUACUUUAAAUAAAUUUCCUAGUCUUAAAUCCGGUUUAAAACCAUCUUUUCCUAGUCUAAUUCAAAGCCCUAUUAUUACACCGUUACAAAAUGUAAAAUCAUUUCCGGAACGAGUACAACAUUUAGCUCCAAUACCUAUCCCAUAUCCUACAUCACCGUCAUCGAAUAUUGACCUAUGCCGUUCGAAACAUAAAGACCUUCAGUUGUCUAGUUUGCCGUCAACUGGUGUUAACCCAUGUCUCCAAAAUAUUGUACGACCGCAUACACCACAUUUACCAUUACCAUUACCAUGUUCACUAUCAUCUACUAAAUUAAGUUCUGGUUGUAAGCAUAUUUAUCACCCGCCGUCUAAUUAAUUUAAAUUAUACUAUUUAGUAUACAAUUUGGUAUUAAACAACAACCGACUGUUAUAGAAAUUAUAAAAAGUUAUAUAUAAGUUAGGAACAAUUAAUUUUGUAAUAUUACCUAUAUAGUUGUUAUAAAUUAUAAUAACGAUUGAGUAUAUUUUCGUUUUAGUAUAUUAUGUAAAAUAAUCAUGAAUAAUAUGCUAAAUUUAUUAUUUAUUUAAUUAUGUUAUUUAUUGUUUGUUUGAAAUAAAAUAUAUAAUCAGGAGUAUAAAAUAA